AUGAGGUCGUCGUCGUGCAGACAGGAUCAUGCGCUGCGUGUCAUAAUAAUUGGCUGCUCUGUGGCUGGUCUCACUCUAGCCCACGCUCUGGCCAAGCGGCGAAUUGACUAUACUAUCCUUGAGGCUCACGAUCACCUACCACUACCGUUUACAGGAAAUGCUUUCACCUUGCUUCCCAGUGGAUCACGGAUACUAGCACAACUCGGGGUGUGGGAAGAAAUCGCGGCGGCAUCAGAUACAAUCCACAGUCAUUCGACUUUCCUUGAGGAUGGAAGCUUGUUAAAGAGGAUUGAUGUAGAAAGACUCCUUUCCAUGAGGCAUGGUUAUAACCUAGCAGUCAUCCCACGAUGGAGAUUUUUGCAAAUUCUCUAUAAUAGCCUCGAAGAUAAACAUCGCGUGCUUUUUGUGGAAUGCGCCGACGGCUCCAUAUUUACUGGAGACCUGGUCGUUGGCGCCGAUGGAAUCCACAGUGUCUCACGUGGCGAGAUCCUGAAGUGUACUGGGUCCUUGAAAGCAUCACAAGAUCCAAGGAAGACACUUGAAGGCUUGACCUCAGAAUACUCCGGCAUAUAUGGCAUCUCGCAUCCUGUUCCGGGGCUGUCUCCAGGCCACGCGCAUCGCACGUACGGAAAUGGAUUCUCCUUCAUAGUCAACAUUGGAAAAGAGAACAUCUUCUGGUUACUAUCGUUCCAUGCCGGGAAGGUGCACCGUUACCCUGAUAUACCGCGCCAUUCGCAAGACCGGGCAUCAAUCGACCAGCAGGUCUCCCCAUUUUUAGGUGCGCAUGUCUCUUCGGAUGUUCGAUUUGAAGAACUGUACUGUAAUGCAAUCACAUGUUGUCACGUCGCCCUUGAGGAAUUUCUCUGUGAGCAAUGGGCUGCAGGUAAGCUUGUGUGUAUUGGGGACUCUGUUCACAAGGUCUGGCUCAAUUUCUUUCGCUAUACCUCCCAGCUACUUGAGUAUGUUAUUUACAAUGAAACCUGGCAGAUGACACCAAACCUAGCCCAAGGCGCCAAUUGCGCAAUUGAAAGCUCUGCCUCGCUAGCCAAUCGUAUCAUCCGCACUGUUGACCGAUACAGAUCCUGUGCACGCCCAGAUAACCCUGAGGAGGAUAUGGGCCUAGAGGCAUGGGAAGAGUCCAGAAAGCAGAGGAUGAGACGCUUUUACGCGUAUUCGUGGAUUCUGGCUCGCUGUGAAGCUUUUUCUGGGCCUUGGUUCAAGGCCCUUGGCCUCUAUAUCGGGUCCUUCCAUGGAGAGCAGGUAAUCAGUUACAUAUCCGACAUUAGUCCCGAGUCAGAGUACCUGGAAUACUUACCGCAAUCAGAGUAUCACUUGAAAUCGCGAUCUGAGUUGCGCCAGAGAUCUCGACCACAGCAGAUCGGAAUAUGGUCCACCAAUUGUCAAGCCGACCCUCCUCCUCCUGGUUCCUCAGUCAUGCGACCAUCAGCUUCUCCCUUCCAGAACAAUCAGACUAGUAAUCCCCGCGCCCAUUCCCCCGGUUCCAUGAAUCUUCGCCAGCGAGGCCCGGCCCGCUCUGCCACCUUCGCAGAGGGUUGUUCAUCAAAUCUAAAAAAUGAACGACGCAACUCGACCUUCUCAGAUUCGGUCUCCGAAGCACGGAAUUCCAUCCGAUCCUCCACUGACGACCUAUUCUUCCCGCGCGCAGCCAAGGGUUCCUUCGACGCUGCGGAUGCGUCCAAUGAAGAGUCGCACUGGCAUUCUGCACCCUUGGGCCUCGCCCUCCUGCCUGCCAUCGCGGGGGUAUUUUUUCAGAACGGAAGCGCCGUCGUAACAGACGUUACUCUGCUGGUGUUAGCAGCCAUCUUUUUAAACUGGUCUGUCAGACUGCCAUGGGAUUGGUAUCGCUCCGCCCAAGCGAUCCGACAAGACAAAUUCUACGAUGCGAACGAAAUCCCCGUAGACAUAGAGAUCGACCACACCCAGGAUGCAAAAACAGACUCAGUCCCAGCAAAACAACGUGCAACCGAAACAGCCAGCGCCGCCAGUAGGGAAUUGCAAAUCCACGAAAUCGUCGCCCUGGCUUCGUGCUUCAUCUUCCCGCUCAUCGGAACAUGGUUGUUACACGGAAUCCGAUCCAAGCUGUCUCGACCCUCAGAGGGCUUAGUCUCGAACUACAACCUAACCAUAUUCCUCCUAGCAUCGGAGAUCAGACCCUUCGCCCAUCUAUUACGAAUGGUCCAAGCGCGCACGCUCCAUCUCCAGCGCGUCGUCGCAUCAUCCACCGAACCCCCCAAAGACAGAAUAGACGCCAGUAAGAUAAUCGACCUCUCCAAACGACUGGAAGAGCUCGAAGCCCACAUAGCAGAAGCAGCUGCGGCGCGCCUCGCCCCUAGCCAGGAACAGUUGCAGCCCCAAGCGCAAGACUCCCUCGUCUCACAUACCACAACAGAAGUGCGGAAAUCGGUCCAACCGGACAUCGAUGCCCUGAACCGCGCCGUGAGACGCUACGAGAAACGUACCGCGAUGACUUCCUUCCAGACGGACUCCAGAAUCGAAGCGCUAGAGGGUCAGGUCCGGGAUGCUAUUUCUCUAGUUGCUGCUGCGCAGCGUUCCAACGUACGGAAACCGAAGAAUUCUGUGCUCCUGCUGCUCGAGUGGCUUUAUACGCUUGUUAUGCUCCCUGCUCAGGUCUUCGCGUCCUUGGCUGUACUGCCAUUUCAUGUCGCGAGACGGUGCCUGCGGUUUGUGCAGGAUAUUUUUCUUUCGAAAGCAAACCCACAACCAAAACUUGCGAAAGGCAAGCUACCGCAAGACCGUAAAGCGCGGUCCCCGAAACGCCCAAGACGAGUACCCCAGCAAGACUCUGCAGAGACACAAGGACUAAAAUCCAUUCGCGAAUAUACAUGA